GAACCCGUCCGUGUGUCCUGGGCUCCUCGCUCUCAGGCAGCCACAGCCAUGGCUCCCAUCCUCAUCCUCAUCCUCACCUCGCUGCUGCCUGCAGCCGCCGUCCCCUGCGGAGCCCUGCGCCCCGACAACAGCACCGCAGCCAAGCUCCUGGGGACCUGGCUGUACGUGGCCGGGGCUGCCCAGUUCCCCCGGCACCUCCUGGAGAUGCUGCUCAUCGACCACGGAUACCUCCACGUGGAGCCUGGUGCCGGCGAGCAGGAGCUGCCCAUCACCCAGAGCGUGGCCGUGGGGGACCAAUGUCUCACCAACAACUCCACCUACAUGGAAAUCACUGCCGGUAACACCACGCUGGUGAAGGAGGCCAAGACCCAGCAGACUGUGGGGACACUGAUGAACCUCAGCUCUGAAGAUGUUUUACUCAUCCAGUACCAGCUGCAGAGGGAAAGGACGUACUCGGGGCUGUAUCUCUAUGCCAGAAACCUGAGCAUGAGCAGAGCACAACGGGAAGAGUUCGAGACCCAGGCCAAGUGCCUGGGGCUGAGUGAAGAGGGGAUCGUGUAUGCGCCAUGGAGAAGGGAGCUGUGUCAAAUGGAGGAGGUUGAGAAAGGAAACAACCCCUGGAUGGAGCCCACAUCUGCAGCCACUGCAUCACCUCCUCCUGGUACCCGAGUGCUGCUGGGCACAGGGAACCGAUCCCACAUUGGGCAAUAAAUGUUUUCUUCAAACUCAA